AUGGGUUUGUCUGUGAUGUCUCGAGGAUACUGGAGUCUCGGCUGAGGAAAGCCAGUGAACUGAGAGGAAGGGAUGGAUGUCUGAGGGAAGGUGGUAGCGUUGUAAAUCAGCCGCAAAAAUAUAUAGCCUGUGACUGAAGACAGCCGGUAUCCCCCUGACUCGGAGUGGAAUGGGGAGGUUUUGUUCAGGUGUUUGAGGACUCGUUUUAGCGGUUGCUAUGGAUGAGCAAAAAAGCGUAGAUUGGUUUCUGUGAGCACGCGCGGAAUGGGGAGCAUGCGCGCUGAGCCCGACUGGGUUACACGUUUAUUUUUUUUCGCCUUGUUUUUAUGUAAAGCGUUGACGAGUAAGAAGAGGAUAUUGUGAAAAAAAAAAGAGAAAUAGCUGGUUCUCCUAAAACAUCUGACCUCUCUGGAUCGGUCACUGUGUCUACGGGGCGAUAACAGUCGAGACCUCCGGCACGCAACAGCAGUCAAGAUUAGGACGUCAAUGUAGUUUGCGAAAAGAGCAAUUGGACUUGUUACAUUUUAUUGACGUUUUCCCCGGUGUUCUUCUGGGGGGGAAACAAGUAAAAUCUACGAUUCGCAGGUUUCCGUUUUUGCUCUCGACUACCUAGAUCAAAAUACGUCUCGUUGAGAAGGCUCUCUUACUGAGGGUGUCGUGUCGUUAAAAAUUGAACUAAUUCAGAGUGACAGUUCAAGUGCGCGAUUCUCCCGACUGAGUUGUUCUCUGUGUUUGCAGUCCUAGGGAGAGCACUGACUUGAGGGGAUAUCGACCACAGGGCACAAAACGACAGAUCUUGGCUGUAGGACACCGCAGGGAAGCCCAGGUGGCGCGUCACGGUAUCCCGAUUAGGUCCUCGCAGAGGUCUGUGAAAUAUGGGGGCUAAAUGCCGUUUUUAUGAGCGCCCCGUUUAGUCUAAAAAAUGGCAAGUGGGUACACCGACCUGCGGGAGAAGCUCAAGUCCAUGACUCCCCACAGGGACAAUUACGGGAACCGAGUUGCGGAUCACAGCAAUGGGCGAAAGCGCAAGUACCACGACUCGGAGGAGGACUACAGCGACUACGAGGACCAGCGAGAGGUGGAGGCUCAGAAGGUGAAGACGGGCAUCCGGCAAGUGAGCAUCUUCAGCUCGGAGGAGUGCUCCCGCAUCGAGGCCAAGAUCGACGAGGUCGUGUCCAAGGGAGAGAAGGGUCUGUACCGGGAGCACACGGUGGACCGGGCGCCCCUGCGCAACAAGUAUUUCUUCGGGGAGGGCUACACCUACGGCUCCCAGCUGGAGAGGAGGGGCCCGGGGCAGGAGCGGCUGUACUCCAAGGGGGAGGUGGACGAGAUCCCCAGCUGGGUCCACGAACUGGUUAUAAAGAAGCUGGUGGCCAACCGGGUCAUACCCGACGGCUUCGUCAACAGCGCCGUCAUCAACGACUACCAGCCCGGAGGCUGCAUCGUCUCCCACGUCGACCCGAUCCACAUCUUCGAGAGGCCCAUCGUGUCGGUGUCGUUCUUCAGCGACUCGGCGCUGUGCUUCGGCUGCAAGUUUCAGUUCAAGCCCAUCCGUGUGUCGGAGCCGGUGCUGUUCCUGCCGGUGAGGCGAGGAAGCGUCACUGUCCUCAGUGGUUACGCAGCAGAUGAAAUUACUCACUGUAUUCGACCUCAGGAUAUCAAGGAAAGAAGAGCUGUCAUCAUACUACGAAAAACAAGGCCUGAUGCACCGCGAUUGGAAACCAAGUCAUUAACGCCUGCCAUUCUUCCCGUUUCCCCUCCUGAGCGGCAGCAGAUCCUGAAACCAAAGCGGUCUCAUCGGAAGGCAGACCCCGAUGCGGCUCACAGGCCACGCAUACUGGAAAUGGAUAAAGAAGAAAACAGACGCUCAGUUAUAUUACCGAGACACAGGCGAAGGAGUGGUUUUAGUUCAGAGAACUUCUGGAGAAGAUCCCACGAGGCGGCAGGCAGCAGCGAUGAGCCUGACGAUCAUGCGAGCUCAGCAAGAAAAGUUAAAAUGAGACGACACUGAGGGAGGAGAUCCAGCCAGGAUGCGACUGCGACCCCGAUAUAGCUAGCUCUUCAAUGCGAGGCGUACUGAAAUCAUCCGUCUGCAUGCAGAUUUAGAAGUAGUCGGUUUGCAUAUCAGCUGCAAAGUGGGCCACUAAGUUGUUUGCUGGUUCUAAUUUAAGCAGGGAGAAAUAAGAACUUGAGUACCACAAGAAACGUUAAAUUAUUUUCAUUGCAGUGGCCAGUAACUGAGAAGCUACUAUUAAACUCUUCGGCAAGCUCAGUCCCUGUAGCUGUGUGACAGCUCCCUGCAUUAGUCUGUGGUCCACAACAUGCUGUGAGUUUGUUUCAUAGACGGUGCUUCUUAUCAGUGGCCCUGAUCAGAUCUAUGAGUAUGAUAAUAUAACAAGGAGUACCUGCAUGUCUGCUUUCACUUUUUCAAAGGUCCUUGUCCAAAUCGUUUUGGAGUUGUGAGGUUCUAAAUGAGAUGGGAGAUGGAAGUCAUUAUCCAUUUAAUUUUGCAACCGUUUCAAUUAAAUGCCCUUUUCGUUUAGGUGCUCAAUGAUUUAGUAGAAAAAUAAAAUGUUUACGUAUUAGGAAGUGCUUUUCGAGAGUAUAUGUUUUUAAAAGACAAAAAACGUAGUGACAUUUCAAUCAAUUUAUGAAAAAAUACAGUUCAAGGGGCUCUUGUUUGUUACACGUUAAUUUAUACGUGUUGCCUGAUUAUUGUAAAUGUCAGUUUCUCAUCAAUAAAUUUAGCAUAGUUACUGGGUAUUUAAAACUUCCAUUUAGUAAACCAUUUAAAUGAACAAAAUGCACAAUGACAUCUGCUACGAAGUUGCUUGCUUUUUGUUUUUAGAGUUAUUUUUCUCCGUCUCAGAUAUGCAAAAACUUGCUAAGAAUUUUUGUUGGUUUGUUGGUUAAACCAAAUUUUUAAUAAAGACCUACGUAUGUGUGAGAGUGACAGCAUCUGGUUGUUGGAAUGUCUGUGUUAGUAAUAAAAAUUCAGAAGGAUUCAACUCAGAAUUUCCCAUUUAUUGUCCUAUUGCACAGGCUGCUUCUCAUUAAAGCGCUUGCAUUACAGCGUUUAUGGUUUAGUAUUAAAAAAUGCAGUAUGUGCUUUUCAGAUUGCACAAGAAGUGCUUGUUAUAGCUAAAAUUGAAAAAGUUGCUGAUUUUUAACAUUUUAUUUUUUUACAUUUGAUAACAUUUUGUGUCCACAUGGUCGUAAAGGUCUGAUGUCUUUGGUGGGGGUUGUACAGAGAGUAUAUGGCUCUGGAAAAUAUAAUAAAAACUAAUUGGAGAUAUGUGUAUAUAUGUCGAUGUCCCUUACAAAACAUUGUAUUUGAUGCAUAGGAAGCCUAACGUUUCUACACCUCUCCAUAACCCAACCUCAGCUCUUGACUUGGUGUUUGAUUUUUGCUGUUCGGCAGUGAUAAACCUUUUUGAAGUUUGAGAACUGCUAUAAAAUGAAACAAAUUGAAUGUUUGGGAGGCCAUACAAAAAAAAACUUAAAUCAAAGUUUUGCUGUGGAAAAGGAGUUAACAAAAUCAAGAGUUCCACUCUCGCCUUGACUUAGGAGUAUAUCUGAUGCUUUUGAAUAGAAAACAAGUACUUGCUGUAUUUAUUUGAAAAGCAUAUACUUUGCUCAUUUGUUUUAAGUAGGGAUUUUGAACUGUGUUCAGAGUAAUGUGUAAUUUGCUUUGUAACAAAGAUGUACAGUUCUUUAAAGGAUAAGGUGAACUGAAGAAGGAAUUAUAUAAAAUAUUUUAUGUACAAAAAAACAUUUUAAUUCUGUUUAUUGCUGUUUAAAGGUUAUUUCUUUUUUUUUCUUUAGUUUGAUGGAGUUGUGAGUAGAGAAACAAGCAGGGAAUUUUUCUUGGAUUGUUUCUGAACAAUGUUAAGGCAUUAUGUAUGCCUAUUGAUCAGCUGUUGUCUUCGCAUAAAGAGAUGCACCAUAAUAUUAUGCUUUUUAUAUCAUUAAAAAGGAUUUACCAAA